AUGGACGACUUUGAGCUCAGUGAUGACUCCCAACGCAUUGAACAAGCAUUGCUGGAGAGUGUAGUGGCCGAAGGGUUUGGGGAGGAUGAGGAAGAGGAAGAAAGGCAGGGCUUUGAGGAAAGCGAACCUGCACUUUCAUCCUUUUCACAAGACUCUCAUGAAGUCGUCGUGUACCUCGACAUUCAGCACGGCCAGUCUACCACUUGGUCUGAGAUUCUUUUGUCUCUGUAUCGGACUGCCUACAUGAGAGUACCUCCAACCACAAUUGUCAACAGGAUCAACUCUGGCGUCCAAGGCCCCUGA